AUGGAUCUCUCUAACAAUGAAUUCAUUGGUCUAUUACCAACAAAGUAUUUUGAGAGUUUCACGUCUAUGAUGGAUGGACAUGCCACUAGAAACCUGACACACAUAGGAGAAACCUUUUACCAAGAUUCUGUGAAUUUGGUAGUGAAAGGUCAAGAACUUAUACUUGAAAAAAUCAUAAGUAUUUUUGUAACAAUCGAUUUUUCAAGAAAUAACUUUGAAGGAGCGAUUCCGGAGUCGAUUGGACAGCUGAAAUCUCUUAAAGGGCUCAACUUUUCUCAAAAUAGACUAGAGGGUUAUAUUCCUAUCUCAUUGAUAAACUUAAGUAAUCUUGAAUGGUUAGAUCUCUCUUUGAAUAAGCUGGUUGGGGAGAUUCCUAGUGAAAUGAUGGUUCUGACACAACUUUCAUACUUAAACCUUUCACAUAACAAAUUGGUGGGACCAAUACCUCGUGGAAACCAAUUUAAUACGUUCAAUGGAGAUUCAUAUAGUGGAAACGUGGAAUUAUGUGGGCCUCCCUUAUCUAAAUCAUGCAACAAUGGGAUGCAACAAGAUGGUGAUCAUGGCGAGAAACAUACGGAUCACAUAAUCUUUGAUUGGAAAAUUGUGAUGAUAGGAUAUGGAUGUGGACUAAUUAUCGGGAUAUCUAUGGGCUACAUGGUGCUUUACAGUGAAAGGUUUGAUUAUUGGCUUUACAAAAAAGUUGAAGGAAGACAAAGACAAAGACUACGUCGUCAAACAAAUACUCGUCUAAGAAUGAUGAGUUAG